AUGUGGUUAACAAACACAGAUGGAAGAAUGGCAAGCGUUUUCGAAAGUGUGGACAUGGGCGUCUUUCUAGAAGAAAGGAAAGGAAGACAAAAUGGUUAGAGGAUGGGUCUGCAGCAUACGUAGCACUAGUAAGGGUGGUUCUCAAUAAAAAAACUUUUAAAAGAUAUUGAAAAACUCAUACAAUUUCAUCAUACAGGCGACCUUGAAAUCUACCAUUCACUAAUGUUGAGGUACAUUCCUAAACGUCGUCAUUUUUCAUACAAAGGCAUGUUGGCCAGAACCCAAUUGGCAGUGAUUGAUCACAACUCCGACACUGGAAGGAAGGAAGCAACACUUAAAAAGGGAAGCAAGAAAGGGGAAAAGAGGUACAAGGUAAUUUUCCCAAAAGGCAGAAAAUAAUGGAUUGCAAAACCAGUUAAAGCCAGUAAGUCCUUUUCCUUUAUCCAAAACUUGAUGGAAGAUGUUUUUUCCUUCAAGUAUGACAAGAAAAACCCCUAUAAAUCACCGAUGCCUGCCAAUAUUCCAAAGAACAUUGCACCCUUACCAAGGCCAUGUAAAGAAGAGAUUAUAACGGCACACAGAUCACGAAUGGGAAAAAAACAUAUGCUGUUUCCUGCAAAUGAAACCCCUUGA